AUGCUAUCAGUUCCAAUCAUUGCAGGAUCAUCAAUUGCUCCUGACCAGGCCAAAAGCACUAAGGUAAAUCCUCCUCAAAUACUUGUUUCUCAAGCUAAUUAUACGAACGUCGGAGAUUCACUAAUCUCAGCAGCUAAACCAGUCCUAGAGGAGACUUCUAUUGAUAUAGCACCUCCAACCGUGCAGACGUCUAACAUCAUCUUGGAUUAUAGUGAAUCUCCUCCUUUGGAGACCACUCAACUCGCUUUAAACUCUGAUUCUCCUAAUACUAUUGUUACUGUCCAAUUGGAGAGUAAGCAGCCUGAGCUUUAUCUUGGUGACAAUAAGUUUGCCUCUUUGGUCUCUUCUGACGUGAUGGAUCUUAUGACGCCUCCGGGAAAGAGAAUCCUUCGAGAUAGACCUGUUAAACCUUCGAUAAAAGCUAGUAUUUGGCAAGUCAAAGGAGGUGGACGAGGAAACAGAGGCCGUGGAAGAGGAGGGAGUGGCUAG